CACAAAAUGCCGACGAAGAGCAGGUACAACCUGGUGGAUGACGGGCACGACCUGCGGAUCCCGCUACACAACGAGGAGGCUUUCCAGCAUGGCAUCUGCUUCGAGGCCAAGUACAUUGGAAGUUUGGAUGUCCCACGGCCGAACAGCAGAGUGGAGAUAGUGGCUGCCAUGAGACGAAUACGGUAUGAGUUCAAAGCGAAAAACAUCAAAAAGAAGAAAGUGAGCCUCUUUGUAUCAGUGGAUGGGGUGAGAGUGGUCCUGAAGAAGAAAAACAAGAAAAAAGAGUGGGCCUGGGACGAGAGCAAGAUGCUGGUCAUGCAGGAUCCCAUCUACAGAAUAUUCUAUGUGUCUCACGACUCUCAGGAUCUUAAGAUCUUCAGCUACAUUGCUAGAGAUGGGACCAGCAACGUUUUUCGCUGCAAUGUCUUUAAAUCCAAGAAAAAGAGCCAUGCCAUGCGGGUAGUGCGGACUGUGGGACAAGCCUUUGAAGUGUGCCACAAGCUGAGUUUGCAGCACACAGAGCAGGCUGGGGAUGGACGAGAGGAUAUAGACAGCGAGAAGAGCACUGAUGACUCUGGUGUUCCAGUGACACAAAUAGUUGCCAGCGUGGAUCACAAUGCUGAUGAGACUGACAUUGAUGCUCUGGACAGUCCUGUGCCUGGAGGACUGGCUCCAAUAUACAGCCGUGGAGUGACGGAUCUGGAUGCUGUAAAUCAAGAGAAUGACCGCACUGAUGAAAAGAAGGCAGAGGAUCAGAUGAUUACUGCCUCACCUAAGAUGUUACUACCCUCGGGAAGUCAGCUAUCCCCUGGGACUCCACUCUCUGUCCACCAUCAAAUCCAGUUCCUUCAACAGCAGCUGCAGCAGCAACAGCAACAAACACAAGUGGCUGUGGCUCAGGUACAUUUGCUGAAAGACCAAUUGGCUGCUGAGGCUGCUGCAAGGUUGGAGUCUCAAGCCCGAGUCCACCAGCUGCUGCUGCAGAAUAAGGACCUUCUGCAGCACAUCUCCCUACUGGUGAAGCAAGUGCAAGAACUGGAGUACAAGCUGUCUGGAAGAAAUACUAUGGGAUCCCAGGACAGUCUCUUGGAAAUUACUUUCCGUCCCAGUAUCCUGUCUGUGAUUUGUGACACAACAACACCUCAACCUGACGAUUUACCCCCACUGACAGACCCCGAUCCUUCAUUUCAACUGGGUAGCCCCUUAGUUGACCAGAGCAUGUUCCAGAACUCAAAUGCAGCCCACAUGCCAACGCUUCAACCUAGCUCUUCACUUAGUCAGUUGACAAAGCCUAUGCAGAGUAACUCUGACCUGCCAGGAGUUGGCAUCCUAGCGGGGAGCACCCAGCACCUGAAGAACCUUGGAAAGGCGGUUGGAGCCAAGGUUAAUGACUUCCUACGUAGAAGAGACAAUGACCGCAGUGACAUUGGCCUCACUGAAGUCAACAAGAAUGUAGUAUCUGUGCAGUCCAAUAAGGAGAGGACAAUGAGCCUUGGGGAUGAAGAAAUGUCAAAAUUUAAUGACACUUUCCCUCGACUUGAUCCUCCUCCACCUGUUGUAAAGAAACGUGUCCCACGAGCACUGAAAACCACUCAAGAUAUGAUCAUUUCCCCAAACCCUGUACUCAUCAGUCCCGAAAAAACGGCCAUUUCUGCUGAGGUCAGAUUGAAUUUGGCCAGUGAAAUUCCUGUUGAAACCGCAAUUGACGAGGAUGAUUCACCCACAGUGAAAUGUCAGCCAGGUUCCUUGCUCAAUGGAAAAGUAAAGGACAUAAUUUUGGAGCAGACUGAGAUCCAAAAUGGAGUCCUUCCUGAGAUUGCGCUAUCUGUCCCUGACAUUAUUCACAAAGAGUCAUUAGACACCAGUCUGAGAGAGCCUUCACCUUUCCAAGAAAAAGCCAUGGUGAAGCUUUGUAUCAGUCAAGAAGACUUAAUAGAAGGGGAGGUCAAUCAUUCUGACUGGAGUUCCUGGCCAAAAAACUCUACUUUAGAUGGUGAUGGUCCCCAUCCUGACCUUUUGUCCUUUGAGUAGAUCUAUAUUUUGUAAUAAGGACCUAGUCUUGUCACUGGAACCUGUACUAUAAGCUGGCUUGUAAAAUUUGCACUGCCCAAGUGGAAGAGGAGCCUAAGCGGGUGAUGGUUUGAUUGUCUUUUACCACUUCGUAAGGGACAGUG